AUGAAUCAAUAUAAUGAUUUGAUUGCAGUAGGAAUGGAAUACAUUUUUCUCAUCCUCAACAUCCAUAUCAAUUAUCAAAUUUGCUUGAUUAAAUUGAAAAAUUGA